AGCGGACGGGCCAACCGCCGACUUUGUUUAUUUUGACUUCGGACGCUUCUUGCCUUGUUGCGAGUGGCUGGCUGGCGCUCAUAUAGCCCCUUCUGCCCAUGGAUACUGACUGCUAUGACCUAUGACACCAUAUAGCAUACUUCCGUACGGAGUACCGAGGAGUUUUCUUCCGCUAACACCACUCAAGAUGUGGUGGAUAUCAGCUAUUCAGCUAAGAGGAACAAAAUUUCAGAAACAGGAUCAAGGGCACAAUCCUGUAAGAACUGAAUGUUCACCUUAACUGAGGAGCCUGGUCCACCAUGAUUGAUUACUGGAUUGGGAAUCUAGCGAGGCCCUACUCCGUACAACGGGUCAUGAUUCCCUCAGAAAUCCGCAAUUUAGGCAGGGAUUGUAAUGAUAUCAUGGUGCGUCUCGGUUCUUUCUGCCAACCACCAAGCUGCCCUGCCCUGUCUUGAUCCGGAAUGGCCAGUGGACUUCAAUAUCAAUAAACGGACAUAGCUGGUCCUCACCUGGCUGGCUAUUAAGUGCUAGCACACUAGCAGCUCUAACUCUGUUAAGGAGAGCGGUUGAGACAAAGAUUUUGCCUCGAAGCCAGCGCGUUUGUCUCAUGCAGUCAAGGUCGCCAAUCGACAACUAAAUUAGCUUGUUGAGAGCACGUCCAAUGGGCUGCGAAGAGCGAAUCUGUUUUGCAGUAUUAGCGCAAUUCUGAGCAGCAGCCAACCGCUUGUAUCCGACUUUUCGAGAAAUGGCUGUUAAGCUGUCUCUCUCUCUUCCACACGGACCACUUCCUGCUCUAAAACCCCAGGGAUCUGCCGGAAUUUUGAUGCUUAGCUCUUUCCAGGCAUUUCACAUGUAUCCACAUCAGCUCAAUGGGUCAAACCUGUACUUAUUCGCCAUGGCUGCCAUAUCUCUCGCCAUGGUGAAAAUACGACUCGAGAUUGGAGGGUGUAUCGGGACCGGUAUGGGUCAGCCUGGAGGCCCAGAGUUGAUUCUGGCCAGAAGUCUCAGCGAGAGGAAACUCAGAAUUAACCGGGCCAAGGAUGGAAAAACUUAG